AUGAGAAAUGACCUGAUGUAUGAGCUCUUAGCAGAGUGUAGUUCAUGCUCUGAAACUACACCAUUGAAAACAUCCUUCUCAGUCAUCAAUAAAGGGCAAUCAUUUGAUGUAAACCGACGUGCUGUAUACCAUUCAUUGGAGACAGGUGGUGGUUAUGAAGGACUGGUGACCUUUUGCAGCAUUAUGAAUAUGCCCUGUAUGUCAUCAUCUGCUUACUACAAGCAUGUUGACACCAUACUUGAAGCUCUUGAGGCUGAAGCCAAAGAUGAAAUGAGGCAAGCAGGGCAGAGAGUUCGCAAACACAUAUUUAAUGAAAAUGGAGUGGAAACCAGUGAUGAUGUUGUAGGUGCGGAUGUCUCUUUUGAUGGAACAUGGGCAAAGAGAGGAUUUACUUCAUUGACUGGAGUAGUCUUUGUAAUAGCAGUGGAUACUGUAGAAGUCCUUGAUUACCAUGUUUUUGCCAAAGAAUGUUGUAAGUGCACCAUGAAGAAAAGUCAGUGCAAAACUGAUGAGGAGUUUGAAGAAUGGCAGAUUGAACAUCUUUCUUCCAAUCAAUGUGACAUCAAUUUUACAGGUAGCUGAAGGUGCAAAAGUAUUGUGGAAUAGGUCUGUGGAACUUCACAAAAUUAGGUACAAGUGGAUGGUAUCUGAUGGUGAUAGUAAAGCAUUCAGUGCUGUAGAGGAUACAUAUGAGGAAUGCAAGGUUGAAAAGUUAGACUGUGUCAGAUACGUACAAAAGAGAAUGGGUAAGUAUCUCCUGAAUCUUAAGUCGACUACCAAAAGCAAGCUUGCAGAUGGCAAAUCUAUUGGAGGUAAAGGCUGACUAACAGAGGUUAGGAUCAAGCACAUUCAAAGAUACUAAUACUAUGGUCUUGCUAUAAGACAAAAUACCUUGUCAAACCCAAACUCAACAGAAAAGGAAGUUGAUGUGGCUGUUUACACAAUGAAGAAAAAUAUUAUUGCCAUUCUUCACCAUUCCAUCCAGUCGAAAGACCUGGCUAAACAACAUCGCUACUGUCCUGUUGGAGAGUCUUCCUGGUGCAAGUGGCAACAAGACACUGCGACUGGAACAAACACUUACCAAUCAGAGGACUGUCUACCAGAGGUAUUUUGUGAGUUGUUGCACCCAACUUUCAUGGCACUAAGUCAGAGAAAACUUCUCGAGCGAUGUGUACGUGAUGCAACACAAAACUGUAAUGAAAGUAUUAAUCCACUGGUAUGGGCUUGUUGUCCAAAGAACAAGCACCAUGGUGCCAAGGUAAUUUGUUGCGCUGUAGCCUCUUUCAUCUGCCACUUCCACAGUGGAGCUUCCUCAAAUGUGAGGGUGAUACAAGCAAAAACUAUCCAUUCCAGCAGGAGUUUUUACAAAGCAGGCAUCAACUAAAAAGGACAAAAGGCGAAUAAAGAAAGCGGACCAACAGGCAACAGACAAAGCAAAGAAAUGACGGCAAGGGAUCCAGCUAAUGUGAACUCGCUGUGAAGAGGUCCUCGGGGAAGCUGAGGGAGUAACAUAUGAAGCAGGAGCCUUCUAGCUUUUUUAACUUGUCAGGUGCAACAUAAUUUUGUAUCAUUUAUGCCACUUGAGAACACGUAGGACCAUUUAGGACUGUCCGCAUAUUUUAACUUUAAUCCAUUUUUCUCAGAAUAAGCUUUUUGCAACUUUGAGAAAAGAUAUCUUGAUAGGAAUUUAUCCAAUUGACUUGAAAUUUUCAGUAUUAAUUCAUCUCAGACAGAUUUUGGUAAUACGCAUAGGAUUUGGUAGUGUGAUGUUUAUAUCAUAAGAUAUUGGGGGAAAUGUUGCCAAAAUUAUGGAUAAAAGUUUAGGCAAAUUUUAAACAGCCACAGAAACCAAAGCAUUUAGUGUUUUGAAAAGUUCUAUGCUCAUUACCUUAACCAACCUUUAAGUUAUAGAUUAAUGUGAAAAUCUUUCAAUUCCAUCAAUCCUAGGGCAAGAUAUCUUUUCUCAACUGCACUAUGGUGGAAAAAGUAUUGAGUUACAAUCUUUGAUCAGUAUCAGAUUACUAAUUAAUUUUUUGUAACAAAAAUGCUUGUAGCUACAUUCUAUGACUUACAAGCUUUCUAGUGAUAUAUAGUUUUACCUGGUUUAUAUAAAUACUCUUCAUGUCAUAAUUCAAUGUAAAAUGGCAUACUUUUUAGGUUAGGUCCCCCCUAAAUAUUAUAUAAAUAUAGUUUUGUAUUGUUUAUUUUGGUGCUGUCACUGCCAUUCUGUUAACUACUGUAUAUUGAAUCACCUUUGGUAAACCUUUAUGCAAAAUAAUAUUGUAAAGAUGGAUAUUUUAUCAUCGUAUAUGGUAUAAAUGAUAAUGUAACUCUCUUCACACCUUGUCCUUGACAUAUAUUUAUCUGUUCUUCAACAUCAACCAUGUGGCUCUCAUUGUUAACAGAUUUUGAUACUACAUUUGCCAGAUUUAAUGUAGUUUGUUGCCGUUUUCGCUGAAUAAUUUUAUUAGAUGAUGAUUCCCUAAAUACCCAAACGGAAUAUAUUGCAUAUAAGUUACGCUCAUUCUCAAAACUGAAUUGAAAAACAAAUUGAAACAUACCUUCGACGAAAUUCCAAAGACAGCAAGUGUGCAGCAAAAUCGCUGUCACUGGAUUUCUCGUAGCCAGCCACAAUUUUGGCCUGUUUCCAAGAAUCAAAUAUAUUGAGGUUCAAAUAUAUCCUUUUAUGACCUUUCUCCCAUGACUUUCUGCAAUCUUUUCAGCUCAAAAACACCUUUUUUUGACCGGAAUUUUUCCUUGAGCCUCUGUGCAUGGUGCCUGUAUUAGACGCCAUAUUGAAAUGCAAAACUUGAAAAAAUUCACCCAAUCUUUUCAAGUUGACUCAUGCACAGAACAGAUGCGCAGCAGGUGGCACUGCUGCUUUAAAGUACAUAUUUAUGUAAUUAAAUUAAAUUAUGGCGUUACCUGUUUCAUUUGCAUGCAUAUUAACGGAGGAUUUUUCAUCAAUGAAAAUUAAUAAUAAAUCGUUGAUCAAUCAAUGAAAGUCACAACAAAAGAAGCCAUCGAUUAUUCAUCGAUUUCCAAUAUCAAUUGAUUGAUAAAUAUUGAUUUGGUAUGGACUGCUAUUGAUAAUUAUCGAUUUGAUUAAAUAUGCCGGGUAUAAAUCUCUAGAAAAUAAUGAAGUUUUUUGCUGAAUUGUGCACCGUUGGCUUAUUUCACUAAAUCGAAAUCAUUGCGCCUUUCCUGCCUCAUAUCCCAUCCUGACAAAGCGGGAUAAUAAAAACAGCCCCUUAUUCAGCAAAUUUGUGCAUGCUGCCUUUGAUUCCUUGGGGCCGAGACAGCAUUUUCCUUGCGAUAGUAACUUCUAGUCAAUACAUCUGACCCACAUGAAAGAACAUUCUUAUUAAAAAGCACAGACAAGUCAGAUAAUGUUAUCAAAAGAUAUCAAUGGUGACCAAAGUAAUUGCAAAAUUUAUGUCUACCAGAUUUUGUUGCAUGCUAUAACUGCAAACGUGCGAAUAAAGAGCAAAAAAACUAAACCGAAUUUACCUUUAACAAAUGAUUAUUUUCCAGAAAAUAAUUUGAAUGAUAAUGUAGAUGAUGAUCUCUCUCACCAGCAUCUCCCAUCCAAGGGCUUUUGGGGUGAAGACCCUGGGUAUGUUGGUGAGCACUUCAAUGUUAUUAAACCUUGGUCGAUGUUGCAUGAUCUCAUUUAAUAAUUUGCAAACUAUUUUUUUCCUCUUCUCUAUGUGUGCAAACAAUUUAUUUGCACUUUUGUUGUCUGUGCAAACAAUUUAAGAAUUUUCCAUCCCCCCUCCAAAAAAAUAAUGGUCCGUCCCUAAUACACUCAGAUUCAAUAAAAACAAAGAUCCUGAAAAUUACUGUAGAGAACAAAUUAUGCUUAACACUCUUUGAAGAAAUGAAACUACAGAUCUUCUGAAAGACUUCCAAACUUACAGGAUCGAUUUGAAGUAGUCAAAGAUGUGAUCCAGCACGAGAAUCAUACUGAAGCUCUUGAUCAGGCAGUAGAACAUAUUGUAAGUGAGGAAUUUGGUAACAUAGUUGCUCCAAAUGCUGAAUAUUGA